UCUCGUCACAUGACCCCGGAAGGCAACAUGGCGGCGGCCAGAAGACCCCUCCACCGGUUCUUGCUCGCUGUUUUCUUUUCGUUUCUGGCGUCGCCGCCGUCGCCUGUCGUUCAAACCGCCGGGGUAGGGAACUGCCGGGGAGACCCGGGCCACAGGACAGGUGAGUCUCGAGACUCUGAAACUUGCGGCUUAACACUGCAACUGGAGCACUCUUUUGAGCUGGAUGACAGCAUCCACUUCAAAAAGCGGGGGACUCUCCAGUGGAACUUGACCCCUGACACCAGUAUCUCCCUAAGCCAGAAGCAGUUAACUGAGGAGGAGCGCAAUAAACUAAGGGAGAUAGCUACAGAAGGUGGACUGUAUCGGGUGCGGAUCCCACGACGGCCCCUAGGGAGCACUGAGGAGAGUGGAGUUGAAUAUGUCACCUCUUUUGUCCGGGCGUGCUCCAUGGUGGAGUCGCAUCUGUCAGACAGGCUGACGGUUCACACAGAUGUGGCUGGGAAUGUCAUCGGCCUCUCCAUCGUCGCCAUCCCGGGCUCCUGCCACGGGGCCGAGGUGGAAGACGUGGACUUGGAACUGUUCAACACCACGGUCCUUCUCCAGCAGCCUAUCCCUGCAGCUGUACCUGAGACGGCGGCUUUUAUUGAACGCAUGGAGCAAGAGCAAGCGCAGAAAGCCAAAAAUCCUCAGGAACAGAAAUCUUUCUUUGCCAAAUACUGGAUGUACAUUAUUCCGAUCGUCCUCUUCCUGAUGAUGUCCGGAGCGCCCGAUGCAGGGGGGCAGGGGGGUGGCAACGGAGGCAGCGCUGGAGGAGGGGGGCGAUGAGGGGACCUUUGUCUCUUUUCCCACGUUGGGAGUAGGAGGAGUGUAAAUAAAUUAUUGCCGUAGGAA